UGGAUCUGUGCCGUUCCCCGUCAGUGUAAAUCCCGUCUCUCCAGCAUGGCGACUGCGAGGACGCGCGUAUGCGGCAUCUGAAGCGUCUCUCGGCGGCAGCAGAGCACGGCAUCACCGCUGACACCAGCGCAUCUGUGGGAAAACACACACUUCGACACGGUGGACUUAUAAUCGGGGCUGAGUGAGGAAGACCAUGGUGGAGCAGGGUCAGACGUCGCUGGCGGGGCAGAGGUUAGGGGCCCCAGAGACUCUGGGCAUCAGCACCCUGGAGCCCGGACACAAGCCCCCUGCCAUGCCUCCGGGACGCCUGAUGCCCCUCAGGGUCCUGCUACUGGACGACUCCCAGCAGACAUUCCACAUAUCCCACCGCUCAUCUGGGCGGGUUCUGUUGGAGAUGGUCUGCCUGCAUCUGAACCUUGUUGAGGGCGAUUACUUUGGCCUGGAGUUCCAGAGCCGUCACAGGAGAACGGUCUGGCUGGAUUUACUAAAGCCCAUUAGAAAGCAGAUCACACGGCCCAAGCACAGCGUCCUCCGGUUUGUUGUGAAGUUCUUCCCGCCUGAUCCCUCUCUGCUGCUGGAGGAUCUGAGCAGGUACUUGUUUGCGCUGCAGGUCAGGCAGGAUCUGGCCAGUGGACGGCUCACCUGUAGCGACGCCAGCGCGGCUCUUCUGGUGUCCCACAUCAUCCAGUCUGAGAUUGGAGAUUUUGAGGAACCUCAGUGCAGACAGCAUCUACUAAACACCAACUACAUCCCUGACCAGAUGGCCCUGAUGGACAAAAUCAUGGAGUUCCACCAUAAACACACUGGGCAGAGUCCAGCAGAGUCCGAUUACCGUCUGCUGGAGGUGGCGUGCAGGUUAGAGAUGUACGGUAUCCGACUUCAUCCUGCAAAAGACAGAGAAGGAACCAAACUCAGUCUGGCUGUAGCACACGGAGGUGUCCUUGUGUUUCAGGGGCACACCAGGAUCAACCACUUCAACUGGUCUAAAAUACGCAAGCUGAGCUUCAAGAGAAGGAGGUUCCUGAUCAAGUUAAGAGCAGACCCUAGCGAGAAUGUUCAUCAAGACACUCUGGAGUUUUUGAUGGCGAGUCGGGACUGCUGUAAAAUGUUUUGGAAGAUCUGUGUGGAGUAUCACGCGUUCUUCAGGCUCUUUGAGGAGCCCAGACCCAAACCCAAACCGGUGCUGUUCAGUAGGGGCUCUUCCUUCAGGUUCAGCGGUCGGACACAGAAGCAGGUGAUCGAUUAUGUGAAGGAAAAUGAGUUUAAAAAACUGCCAUUUGAUAGGAAACAUAGUAAAGUGCAAUGCAACAGCAGCCUGUCACCUCUGCGUUCUGCACAGGUCCAAGUGCCAAAUCAAGCUGUCAGGGAUGUCUCAUUUUUAGUAAGCUCUGAAGACUCUGCGGUAUUAAGACCAUGUGGAAACUCCUCCCCUUCGACUCAGCGCAACGGAUGCAGCGACCAAACGUACGCCGUUCAAGAGGACAGCAGAAGUCAGGCGGCUAAGCAGCCCCCCGUCGAUCGAGCAGACGAGGUGUGUGCCUCGCUCACAUUAGUUAAUGGUCUGGCUGAAGACUGUCGAGGAGCGACGCCGUCUCCUCUCAUCUCCCCUAUGCUGAACGACACGGGUGCCAUGCGCACUGAUGAAGAGGAUGACACCAGGAGGAAGAUCUGUCCCACUGAUAAGGCGUACUUCAUUGCUAAAGAGUUGCUGAGCACUGAGAGGACGUUCCUGAAGGACCUGGAGCUGAUCACUGCGUCAUUUCAGGAAGUGUUGGAGAAAGAGGACUGUGUUCCUGACACCCUGAAGACACUGUUGAGCUCCACCUAUGAGCCGCUACUUUCCCACCACACACACUUCCUCCAGGAGCUCGAGGAGAGACUGUCACUGUGGGAAGGCCGCUGCAAUAUGCAGGUUAAAGAAGAUGUCGGAGACCUGCUGCUGAAGACCAUCCAGCACCUGAAGCCUCUCUCAGCUCAGCUGCAGAAGUGCUCAGAGUGUGUGUACGCUCUGGAGAGAGUGUGUGCUGUGUCCCGGCGGCUGGAGGUCGUGUGCCGUGAGUUUGAGAUGCAGAAGGUGUGUUACAUUCCUUUAAACGUGUUUCUGCUGAGUCCUCUACAUCGCCUGCUGCACUACAGACAGAUCCUCGACAGACUCUGCAAACACCACCCGCCAACACACACCGACUACAGCCACUGCAGAGCUGCAUUGGACGAUGUGUGUGAAUUGGAGGCUGUGCUUCAUCCUGGUCUGGUGGAGAUCGAGAACUAUCAGAAAAUCCUGGAACUCCAGAAGGAUGUGAUUGGUGCUGAGCAUCUGGCCACGGCGGGACGCCAGCUCAUCAGAUUGGGCUGCCUCAGCAAACUCUCUGGGAAAGGCCUUCAACAGCGCAUGUUCUUCCUGUUCAGUGAUGUCCUGAUGUACAGCACUCGAGGAAUAACUUCAACCAAUCAGUUUACAGUGCAAAGACAACUCCCUCUACACGGCAUGACAAUCCGGGAGAGUGAGGAUGAGUGGGGCGUCCCGCACUCCUUCACACUGACGGUACAGCAGCAGUCACUGGUGGUCGCCGCAUGUUCAGAGUCUGAAAUGGAGAAAUGGAUGGAGGAUUUGAAGAUGGCGGUGGACAUGGCUGAAGAGGCCAACGCAUCGACCUCUGACCUGCAGACUCCCAGCAAAGAUCUCAAAUCCUCGGCUGCGUCUGAAGGGGAGUCGGAGGAGGAUCUCUGUGGGUCUCGACACGGCGCCGGUUCACCUAACACUCUUCAUCGCGGGAACACCACGGCUCACGUGUGCUGGCAUCGCAACACCAGCGUUUCCAUGCUGGACUUCAGCAUAGCCACAGAGAACAAGCUCUCGGGAAAUCUGCUCAGAAAGUUCAAGAACAGCAACGGCUGGCAGAAACUCUGGGUGGUGUUCACCAAUUUCACGCUUUUCUUCUACAAAACACACGAGGACGAGUUCCCGCUGGCCAGCCUGCCGCUGUUGGGUUACACAAUAACCCAUGCUGGAGAGUCAGAAAACAUCCAUAAAGAUCACGUCUUCAAACUGCACUUCAAAUCUCACGUUUAUUACUUCAGAACCGAGAGUCAAUACUUUUUCGACAGAUGGAUGACGGUGAUCAGAAGUGCUACAGUCUCUGCCAGCAGAACCCGCUAUCUGAACCGGACUGAACCGGACUAAACCGGACUGAACCGGACAGAUCCUGCCGUCUGAACUCCACAGAAACUGCCAUCUGACCUGGACAGAACACAACACACACCAACAGACCCAUGCAGACAUAUAUAUAUAUAUAUAUAUAUAUCAGUGUGUGUGUGUGUGCUUUAUGACCACGUCACUUAUGUGACUGACUUUUGUUUUUUUAAUGACAUAAUAUGACUUUAAAGGGGAAUGUCACCACUCACUUAACUUCAGAUAUCAGCCUCAGGCGAGUGUUAUAAUCUGUGUGUCUAAAAGAUUCUUACAUCACUGAAAUUAACAGUUUUAUUAUACACUCUUAAAAAUAAUACAAAUAUUUUUUAAAUGAACCAGAAAUGAUUCCAUAAAUGAACCAAUCAAUGAUCAGUUCUAAAAAGAACCAUUUUUUUCUUUGUGUGAAGAACAUUUAAAAAAUCUAUAUAUAGUUCCACAGAUGUUCUUAACGGAACCUUCAAUUCCAGAAUAGAACCUUUAUUUUUAAGAGUGUAGAACAGAACGGCUCAUGGAGGAGUUUGCACUUUGGAUAAAAGAUUCCUGCAAAUCUUUGGCGAGAUUCUCACAAAAACUGCGUUAUGGAUUUUGUUAAACGGCAUUGAACGUUCCAAGGUGCUACGCUCAUGAUAGUGUGUUUGAUUAUGUGUAUUAGCACACACUGUUGACACACUGAAGUCAUUAUCUCCAGAAAGUGAAAGUCAGAGUGUUAAUAAAGGCUCAGAUGAAGAGAGGUGGAAUUCCCCUUUAAACACACACACCUUUCCUCAUUCACACAGAGGUGCUUUUGCGUUUUGUCUUCUAGUGUAUAAACACACACACACACACACAAGCAUUAUCUGCAUUUUUUUUUGUACUGGGCUUUUACAGGAUCUCAUUUUGUAAGCGCUGUUUAAUUGUGAAGCCGUAAGUGUCACUUGAUGCCUCUAAAAGCAGGCGGAUCCAUUUCAGUGCCAUGUUUUUAUAGCACAACUUUCUAUGUUUCUAUGUUUUCGACUUUGUUUCUAUGUUGGGGUCCAGAAGCCAAUGUGCCAAAACCA